UAAAAGUGGGAAUGGGGUAACGGAGAUCGGAACGGACGCCUUUCACCCUUUCCGGCUUUCCCCACUGGUUCUACAGGCAUCCGCGCGGAUUCAAAUCAAAUCCCUCGUCGUUACCCAUUCCAGCCUUCCCCUCUCACCUUCCCCAAUCUCCCUGCGGUAGAACCCUAGAGGAACCUUCUAGAACCCCCGAGCCCCCCCCCCCCCCGCGGCCCCCGGCGAAGCCAGCGAGAUGAUUCUCCGGACUCCACCGCAGCGGAAGCGGCGGGCGGACUCCGACGUCGACGCCGCCGCCGCCACCGCCACCACCCGGAGCCCCGUUUCCGACCGCCGCCUCGUGCUCUACGACCGGCCCACCGCCCUCGUACCCGCUGGCGUCCCCGGGGAGCCCAUGGAUGACAUGGUCUGCACGUACCACUGCCGUCAGAUGGUGAAAUCAGAAUUUAUGGUGGCAUUGGACACUGCAGAGAAGCAAGUUCAGGAGUAUCGAGCCACACUUGAUGAUAUGGAGGAACGAUUAUCCAAGAGUGAGGAUGAGAGGGCAACAUGCCAGGACAAACUGAAUUAUGUCGAGCAAGAAUUGGCAGCAACAAAAGGUCGGGAAAGUGCAAUGCAAGAGCGAUUAUUAAAGGAGGUGGGUGACUUUCAGGAACGCUACUGUGAUCAAAUCAAGAAGAUAGGGGAACUUGAGACGCAGCUGAAAAAAGAGAUUGAUUCUCGAAUUGCUGCUGAAUCAUCGUCAGCAUCCGCAAAGGAGUCAGUCAAGGAGUUGGAGGGGAAUUUGCAGCGUUUAUCUGAAAAUUCAGAAAGGGAGAAGAAAGCCCUUAAGAAGAAGCUUUCAUACUUGCAAGACGACACAAAAUUAUCCAUUUCUAAACUAAAUGCGGAGCUUGAAAGAAUGAGACUCAGGGCGCUAAACUCUGAGGACGAAGCAAAGUUGCUGAAUGAACAGUUGGAGGACUUAAAAAAGCAACUAGAUGAGAGUGUUCGUGAAAAUAAUGAGAUGGAGCACAGGCUAUUGAAUUGCAGUUCUUUAUCUUAUGAACGUACUCCAUCAGACGAUCAGAAGUUGAUAAAGCUUUUGCAAGAGGAGCUCCGGAAUUAUGAAAAAGAAGUUGAUGAAGCUAGAAGGUUGAAGUCUUCCCACACAAAUGUUGAGUUACUUAAAGAAAAAAUAUUGGAGGAACAGGGGUGCAGGGAGAGAGCAGAAAUGGAAUUAUCUAAGCUGCAGGAAAUUGAAGCUAAAGCACAGAAGUUGGAGCUUGAAUUAGCAUCAUGCACAGCAUUGCUCAGCAACAUACCUGAUGUAUCUUCUUUUGGUGAUAUACCUCAAAAGAUCGCAGAUUUGCAGAAGCAAGCAUUGACAAAUUUAAAUAAAGUUGGUGAGGUAACAUCACAGUUGAAAGAAUUAAAGGUUGCAUUGGAAUUUGCUGAUCUUAGCAAGCAACGGGCAGAAGGUGAAGCAACCCUUGCCAAAGAGAGGGCUGAAAGUGCUACUAGGGAGAUCAAGCGGCUUGAACUUCUGCUUGCUGCCAUCAGUGAAGAAAGGGAUAGAUUAAGAAAGGACCAUGCUGUGUCGAAAUCUAGGGAUGGAGAUGAUGCAUCAUCCAAGAAUAUGGAAUCGGAUCUAUCUCGAAUGGAAAAGGUAGUAACAGAACUGGAGAGCACUAUACGUGACCAGAGAGAACUAAUUAGUCAACAGCACACUGAGCUCAAUUUGAUGAAUGAAAAAUUGAGCAUUGAAUCAAGAAAAGCAAAAUCAUUGGAGCGAGAUGGAGAUCAACUACGCUCACAGGUGGCUUUACUUGAGUCAAAGCUGGGCCAUGGAGAUUACUCUGCCUCUAGCACAAAAGUACUGCGUAUGGUAAAUACUCUUGCAGUGGACAAUGAAGCAAAGCAGACUAUAGAGGCAUUGCAAGCUGAAUUGAAGAAAACGAAAGAGAGGCUACAAGCAGUUGAAGAACUAAAAGGACAAGCUGAUGUUGGAACUGUGGUUGAUGUGAAUAUUGCUGAAAAGCUAGCACAGCUUAAAAAUCAAAUUGCAACCCUAGAGAAACGUGAAGAAAGAUAUAAGGCAGUAUUUGCAGAGAGGAUCUCAGUUUUCCGAAAGGCUUGCUGCUCGCUCUUUGGUUAUAAGAUAGUGAUGAAUGAUCAGCAACAGUCAAAUGGGAUCCCUGUAACACGUUUUAUUCUGCAUUCUGUUUACGCCCAAAGUGAUGAUGAGAAGCUUGAGUUUGACUACGAAUCUGGAAGCACCAAUAUUGUGGUCAAUGACUACACUUCUCAACAUGAAAUUGCUCAGCAGGUAGAUAUUUUCAUACGAAAGAUGAAUUCUAUCCCGGCCUUCACAGCUAACCUGACAAUGGAAUCCUUCAACAAAAGAAGUAUCUGUUGAAGAUAAAAGUUCAGUGAGAAUUCAUAUUGUUGGAUUUUCUUCUCGUAGUAACUGGAGAUGUCCAAAUUGUUAUGUUGUGGCAGCCCUGGACCGUGGUCGAGCAAGCUCCUAGAUAUAGCAAGGUUCCCCCCACCCUUUUUCAUAUAUACUAAGGUGCAAUUGAUAUACCUUGUGGUUUUUUAUAUGUUUUAACGAUUUGUUCAAAUGUCAAAAGCUGAGGAGCACGGCGUGUUACUAAUUGGACAUGAGUAGAGAGUUGAUGCCGGGCUGUCACAUACUCACAUGGAUUCACCUCUGUUAUGAUUUUUGACAAAGUAUAUAUGAAUGCGAGCGUUACUUGUACUGUGGCCUGGACUGAAGCAUGAGCUUUUGUAAACUGUAGCGAACUAUCAUAUGUAACUGAGCCAUGUGAAUUGUUAAUUACCGCAAACCAGAAUUGGUUUUCUUAACAUGCUAUCAUCAUAA